AUGCGGAGAAUUGUGUUCGUUAUCAAUGCCGCGGCUUUAAAAGCUCCCACGACGAUCUCCAUGAUACGGUAUGUGUUGUGUCUGCUCUACAGUGCCAGCAGAGAACUCUCACUCAUGGCAAAGCUUCCAGUGCUCGUCACUCUUCUACCAGCAGUGUUAUCAGCAGCAGCAGCAGCGCUCUCUUCGUCUCUAACAUCUCCAGAAAGCUUCCAAGCUCCGUCCCGAGUGAAGUUUUACAUGCAAGACAGGCAGCUGAUCGCGAACAGCACCGGGGUUGUAGUCGCGGCACAGGGUGGCAAUCUCACGCUCUACGGCUUUGGAACUCUGAUCGUCAUGGACGAUCCACUCACGGAGACUCCCUGCAACGAUUCCAGGCUUGUGGGACGCGGGCAGGGCAUGUACCUGGUGGAGUCGAGGUCCGACUUUCAUUUGCUCGUCUCCUACUCGGCGUUUCUUGAGACUUCCAGCUACAACGGGAGCUUGGUGUUCCAUGGCUCGUACAAGGCGCUCCAGUCCCCGAGAGAGCUUCCAGUGAUCGCCGGGACGGGGGACUUUAGAGGAGUCCAGGGAUACGCGAUUGUCACCACUGCUGUGGAUCAUGGAUUGUACGUGGUGCUCCAAGUGGACUGCUACUUGACUCAAAGAAUGUAG